GAGCACACCCGAUCAUACCCAAACCCUAGUGAUUCUUAAAAGGCGAAACCCUAAGUCCUUCAUUUUUCACUCGCCCGUGAGAGCUUCAUUGUGAGCAGCCGCACCUUCAAAAAUCCUAAUUCUCUCUACCUCUUACUCCGUCCCGGGAGCUCUCUGACUACAGGUAAGAUGGCAGCAACCGCUGUGGCACCGGUGCAACCGUCUCUGGACUCAAAUCAGGCUCAGUACGAUGUGAAGCUCUUCAACCGCUGGACCUUCGACGACGUUCAGGUUGUUGACAUUUCAUUGAAUGAUUACAUUGGAGUCCAAGCUGCCAAGCAUGCCACCUAUGUGCCACACACUGCUGGUAGGUACUCUGUGAAGCGUUUCAGGAAGGCCCAGUGCCCAAUCGUGGAGAGGCUUACAAACUCUCUCAUGAUGCACGGAAGAAACAAUGGUAAGAAAUUGAUGGCUGUUAGGAUUGUGAAGCACGCCAUGGAAAUUAUUCACCUGUUGACUGACCAGAACCCAAUCCAAGUUAUUGUUGAUGCUGUCAUCAACAGUGGUCCCCGUGAAGAUGCUACCAGAAUUGGAUCAGCUGGUGUUGUUAGACGUCAGGCCGUUGAUAUUUCUCCAUUGAGACGUGUAAACCAGGCCAUCUAUCUUCUUACUACUGGUGCUCGUGAAUCAGCUUUCAGGAACAUCAAGACAAUUGCAGAGUGCCUUGCUGAUGAACUUAUUAAUGCUGCAAAGGGUUCAUCUAACAGCUAUGCUAUCAAAAAGAAAGAUGAAAUCGAGAGAGUUGCUAAGGCCAACCGUUGAAGAUUUGUUUUAGUAUCUAGUGGAAAUGGCAAUGUUUUUGAGUUCUGCAACUUCAUAUUUUCUACAAGUUUUCGUAUUAAAGACCUGAUUUUGAAGAUGUGGGUUAUAUUUAGGGGAUGGCUAGUAAUCUUUUUACUUAUGAAAUUGACUUGAUUUUGGCUUAAA